AUGUUCUGCACCAGUGGGGCUGCCUGGAAGAAGAGUAUCAGCAUGCUCAGGCUGUACCUCACUCUGGUUCUUGGAAAUGUGAAUGUCACUCUGCUCAGCAAACAGUUAAAAAAACUCAUUACCAGAUUUGCCUACAAAGACGAAUAUGAGAAGUUCAAGCUGUACCUCACUGUCAUCCUGCUGCUGUUUUCCUUUACAUGCUAUUUCUUUGUGAACUACAGAUUUCUUGACGCUAUCCUCAACUUCCUGUUGGUCUGGUAUUACUGCACAUUAACAAUCAGGGAAAGUAUCCUCAUCAACAAUGGCUCCAGAAUUAAAGGCUGGUGGGUUUUCCAUCAUUACAUCUCAGCUUUUUUGUCUGGUGUAAUGCUGACAUGGCCAGAUGGCAACUUGUAUAAGAUUUUCAGGAACCAGUUCCUGGCUUACUCCCUCUAUCAAAGUUUUGUUCAAUGUCUGCAGUGUUAUUAUCAGAGUGGAUGUCUCUACAGACUCAGAGCGUUGGGUGAAAGACACAACAUGGAUCUGACCGUGGAGGGAUUUCAGUCCUGGAUGUGGAAAGGACUGACAUUUCUUUUGCCCUUCCUGUUUUUCGGUCAUUUCUGCCAGCUCUUCAAUAGCAUCUCUCUCUUCAGAAUGGCUCAGCUCCCAGACUGCAAAGAAUGGCAGGUCUUGGUGUGCAGCCUUUGCUUCUUUAUUCUGUUCACGGGAAACUUCUUCACGACUCUUGCUGUGGUCCAUCAGAAGGUCAAACGGAGGAAUCAGAAAACAAAGAUCCUGUGAUUCAAACAGUACAAGUAGUUUAUCUUGAGUAAGAUGCUGUGGCACACAAGUUGAAUCGUCGAAAAUCAUUCAUUUUCACUCAAUUCGUCCAAAGGGUGUUGUUUAUUAACAAACAGAGGUGUAUAGCGGCAAUCAGAACAUCGUAAUGGUCCUCCAUUAGAAGGCAGAAAUUAGAAUAAACCUGUUUAUCCACCACUUGCACAACAGAACAAGUCAUGGCUUCCUGCGAGUAUCAACAUUGUGUUUAAUUUAACAGGUCCAGACAAGCUGAUCAUUAUUUCUGUAUUUAUAGUUUUUUUUUGGUGGAAUUUUUGUUUAGCGUUUUACUAUGAGAUCUCUGCAAUAUAAAAUUGGUGAUUUGGUUCAAUAAAGGUUGGGAAACACUGGA